CUUCAUGGAAGGACAGGCUGCUUACAAACGGACUCAUUACCUCCGUGAGCAUUGUCAAUAAGACAAAAAGUCCCACGGCUUAUAAAGGUACCGCGGCGCGCACGCAUGGACAGCGCAUCUUGAGAUCCGCGCACGAUACUGACCAACGUCUCAUCGGUGACAAAAUGAAGUCAAUAUCAACGUUAAAUUGUCUCAUCUUCAUGCUGGGAGUAGCGAGCGGCGCUCCGGACAGAACCAAAAAUGUCGCCGAAACUAAAACCAAAGAGAGUUUACAAGAAGCAGCCAGUACUUAUUCAAGUCAAUAUUCAAACUGGGGUGGGAGCAAUCCGGGUGGAUACCAGUACUCAGUGACGGGUUACGGAUCGAAUCUGUAUCCAGGAAACGGAUAUUCAAGUGGCGGUUACGGCGCUGACUAUAACGGAUAUUCCGGACACAAAGGAUAUUCCGGUUACGGAUCUAAUAUCAAUAGCAUAGACACCGGCUACAGCGGUUACUCCGGUUACGGUUCAUCCGGAUACGGCUCUGCCGGAAACGGAGGUUACGGAUCCGGUGCUGGAUAUGGAGGUUAUGACAGUGCAGCUGGGUACGGGGGUUACGGAUCCGGUGCAGCCGGCUACGGAUCCGGUGCAGCCGGUUACGGAUCCGGUUCAGUCGGUUACGGAUCCGGUGCAGCUGGUUACGGAUCCGUUGCAUCCGGUUACGGAUCCGGUGCAGCCGGUUACGGAUCGGCCGGAUAUGGAGGUUACGGCGGUUACGGAGGCAACGGUGGUUUGAACUCGUACUACGGUUACAACAACCCAAGCUACCAGGGCGCUGGUCAUCUCGGUUACGGAUACCACGAUAGGGGUAACAUUUACAAUAACGGCAUCACGCCCAGCCUAGUCACUGGUUACAGAGGAUAUUCGCGUAGAUAGAAAUACUUUAGGACCACCGAUCGUUCAGUCACAUAAGAAACACAGCCUACGAAAAAAAUAGGUGUAAUGAAAAAUAGCUGCGUCUAGUUUCUCCGAGUAUGCAGUAAGUAGUACAGUACAGGUUGGACAAACAUAAGUGAUAAUAUUAUCUACUUUACGGUGUGUAUGUUUUUAUAUAG